AACAGUCAAAAACCCGGGAACCAGAACGUGGGACUCGAGGCCGAAGCUUGAGUCUACGGGGGAAGAAGGUGGCGUGAUUUGUCCUUUCACGGAUUUUAUCUUCCGAUCAUUGAUCCACCGCCUUGAGCUAGCUUCAACUGUUCGAUCCGCACAGAGGGACACGGUUCUGUCUUUGUGAGAAAGAGAACAGAGGAGGAGAAAGACGUGCAGGGCGCGAAGGAAGGACAAGGAGGGAAAAAUGGAGCCUUGUUCGCCGUUGGUCCCGUUCCCUCUGCUAACGACGCCGGUCGAGUCGACUUAUCGGCCCUGCACCAUCCCCUACAGGUUUCCUUCCGACGACACGCGCAAAGCCACGCCGACCGAGCUAGAGUGGAUCGAGCUCUUCCGCAAAUCCAUCCCAUCUUUUAGGAAGCGGGCAGCGGAGGACACGUCCGUUGAGAAUGCAGCCGAGAAAGCGGAGAAAUUUGACCAAAGGUACACACAAUUACUGGGAGGCUUGAAAACAGAUCCUGAAAGCCAUGGGGGCCCUCCAGAUUGCAUACUUCUUUGUAGGCUUCGUGAACAGGUCCUUAGGGAAUUGGGGUUCGAGGACAUAUUCAAAAAAGUUAAGGAUGAUGAAAAUGCCAAGGCUAUUGCUCUGUUCGAGGAUGUAGUUCGGUUGAAUGAUGCAAUUGAAGAUGAAGGCAAGCGUGUAGAAAGCUUGAUAAGAGGGAUUUUUGCUGGGAACAUAUUUGAUCUCGGUUCUGCACAGCUUGCAGAGAUGUUUGCAAGAGAUGGGAUGUCUUUCAUGGCGACUUGUGAAAGCUUAGUGCCCCGGCCCUGGGUUAUUGAUGACCUGGACAUUUUCAAACACAAAUGGAGUAGAAAAUCAUGGAAGAAGGCAGUAAUAUUUGUUGAUAAUUCUGGUGCGGAUGUCAUACUUGGAAUAUUGCCUUUUGCAAGAGAGCUACUCAGGCGUGGUACACAGGUGGUUCUGGCUGCUAACGACUUACCCUCGAUCAAUGACAUAACCUACCAUGAGUUGUUAGAUAUUAUAUCAAAGUUGAAAGAUGAGGAUGGUUGCAUCUUGGGAGUUAACGCAUCUGGCCUUCUGAUUGCGAACUCUGGUAAUGAUUUGCCUGUUAUUGACCUUUCUGCUGUUUCUCCCGAGUUGGCAUACCUGGCAAAUGACGCAGAUUUAGUUAUGUUGGAGGGAAUGGGUCGUGGGAUUGAGACGAAUCUUUAUGCACAAUUUAGAUGUGAUUCAUUAAAAAUUGGAAUGGUGAAACAUCCAGAAGUUGCUCAAUUUUUGGGAGGGAGGCUUUAUGAUUGUGUCUUCAAGUACACAGAGGUCAUUCUUAGUUAAUAUUCUGUCUCUUUUUCUGGCAGAGUAAUUUUUUAGACUAUCCUGUAAAAUAAUGCCGAUUAUGGGUAGCUUGAGCUGUUCUAUAAAUCUGUAUGUCUCUGCUGUAUUCGGCCUUCUUAUAUCCCUUUCAUAUGAAACUCUGGAAGGGAGGUCACUUGCCUUACCCUAUCUGGACUACCUUUGGAAGGCCUUUCUUUUGCUUGAACCUUGUGAAUUGCCAUGGUGAACAAGUGGCACUUGAACCAGUUUUAUUUUUUCAUUUUUGUUGUUUUUAAUCUUUUAAAAUUAAUUAGGCCAUAUUGAAUUAGUUUUUGGUCA